AUUUCCAAAAAUAGAAAUCAUUUCAACUAUAUAUUAGAAAAACAAAAGAAAAACCAUACCGUUUCCUUCAUGAAAACAGAUUAAUUUACCUGGCGUCUCCCUCUGACCAUUUCCCACGACGACUCAACGGAAAAAUAGAGGUCGUCUGCCCUAACUCACACAAAUCUCUACCGGGAAAUUCGGCGAUAUAGUCGGAGAGCUUUCGAGUGACGGAGUGAGUACACAGAAAUUUUGAGAGGGAAUUUGUGGGUCGAAGAACAAUCGAGCAUGUGGAGCCUUUUCGCAUGGCUGAUUUCAUUCUUUGUCAUUAUUUCUCUCCUUGUUAUUGUCGUUUAUCAGCUUAUGUGCUUGGCAGAUCUAGAGUUUGAUUACAUCAACCCAUAUGACUCUGCAGCUCGGAUAAACCAAGUAGUCUUUCCAGAAUUUAUAAUACAAGGAGGACUUUGCCUCCUUUUUCUCCUAACCGGCCAUUGGAUUAUGGCACUUUUAUGUAUGCCAUACCUUUACUACAACAUCAAAAUGUACACGAACAACCAGCACCUGGUUGAUGUAACGGAGAUCUUUAAUUUACUAAAUUGGGAAAAGAAGAAACGUCUCAUCAAACUGGGAUAUCUUUUGUUCAUCCUCUUCCUUUCAUUAUUCUGGAUGAUAUGGACUACGUUGGACGAUGAUGAACACUACUAGGACAUUAUUAGUUUUUCUUCUUUCGAAGUCUUGCAACAUAUGAACGACUUGUAGCCUGAUCCAGCACCUGGUUUUCCUUUUUACUGCUACUAAAUGAAGUGUUUCUGGCUUCGGCUACAAGUUCACUAGGCACGCUCAAUUUUUAUUCCAUGAAAUGGAAUUAUUGUGUAUUAACAUGUCCCCAUGAUAUUAAUUCUCAUAUGUUUUUCCAUCGACAUUUUUAGGGUUAAUGCUUAAUGAUGAAGCCUUUUUCUCGCUUAUUUUCUUUUUCUUUUCCUGUUUCUUUAAGUUCUAUCGCUAGCUUCGGCAGAUGCCUGUUGACCGUAAUAUAUACAUUAAUACAACUAAUCCAAGUUCUAUCAGCUCAAUAAUCCAAGUCCUAGAGUAUUGUAUACAAUGUGGUAUGACAACUGUGAUAGAAUACUUCAACCUUGACCUAAUUAUAUAUAUAUAUAUAUAUAUAUAUAUAAAAAAAACUUGAGUUAUCCAAUU